GGGUCCACCCGUGACCCGUCAGUAUAAGCUAUAAAUGCCCCCCCCUCCUCUUCUUACCCCGCCAUCUUCUUCUUCCCUUCUUUUCUUCUUCCAUCGCGCUCUUCAUCGACAGAAUUUCUCGCUCAUCUAUAGUGUUUCUUUGCUAUCGACCAAGCACAACCAACCAACCCGCAAUGUAAUAUUCACCUUUUCGUGGCCCCCCUUCCAAGGGGCCUUUCGAAUGAAAACAACGAUGGAAGUCAUGGAAUUAGCCUUUGGCUGUAACUUCUGAUCAAGGUAUCUCAGGUAAAUUCUGGGCGUGGGCCGGUGUUCGUUCCCAUCCAUUGGCACACCAACCUGUGAUCGUUCUGGACUGGGUUCUUUCGAAUCUUCGUCCAGCGUAACAUCACACGAUUGGUGGUCAAUGGCUUGGGUUCGUUCUGAGAUUAUACGGCGUAACUUGAUCUGGACAAUACCAGCGAAAGGAUCAUGCCUUCCCUUGUUUUCUGUUUCCCCCGAUUCAUGGAAUGGCUAACAGGGAACAGCUUAAUCCACAAUGUCUCCUCCUGCUGCUAUGUACGAACCCAACGUGGCCCCUACUGGCCUUAAGGGUAAGGUCGUGGUGCCGGAGACGGUCACUGCCACUGGCACUGCUCAGACCAAGCUGCUGGACCAUUUCGGCAGCAAGUGGGACCAGUUCCAGUUCGCCCCGAUCCGCGAGAGCCAGGUCUCUCGCGCCAUGACUCGACGCUACUUCCAGGACUUGGACAAGUACGCCGAAAGUGACGUGGUCAUCGUCGGCGCUGGAUCCUGUGGUCUGAGUACCGCCUACGUGCUGGCCAACGCCCGCCCCGAUCUGAAGAUUGCUAUCAUUGAAGCCUCCGUCUCUCCUGGCGGCGGUGCCUGGCUCGGUGGCCAGCUUUUCUCUGCAAUGGUGAUGCGUCGCCCUGCCGAGGUUUUCUUGAACGAGCUGGGUGUGCCCUACGAGGAGGACGCCGCCAACCCCAACUACGUGGUGGUCAAGCACGCCUCGCUCUUCACCUCGACCUUGCUGUCCAAGGUCCUCUCCUUCCCUAACGUCAAGCUCUUCAACGCCACCAGCGUGGAGGACCUCGUGACUCGCCCUUCCACCAACGGCAACCCCAAGGAAACCCGCAUUGCCGGAGUGGUCACGAACUGGACGCUGGUGACGCUGCACCACGACGACCACUCCUGCAUGGACCCCAACACCAUCAACGCGCCCGUCAUCAUCAGCACCACGGGCCACGACGGCCCCUUCGGUGCCUUCUGCGCCAAGCGCCUCGUGUCCAUGUCCACCGUCGACAAGCUGGGCGGCAUGCGCGGCCUGGACAUGAACUCCGCCGAGGACGCCAUUGUCAAGAACACCCGCGAGAUCGCCAAGGGCCUCAUCAUCGGCGGCAUGGAGUUGUCUGAGAUUGACGGCUUCAACCGUAUGGGCCCGACCUUCGGAGCUAUGGUGCUCAGCGGCGUCAAGGCCGCCGAGGAGUGUCUGAAGGUCUUCGAUGAGCGUCAGCGCGAGUGUGCCGAGUAAACCGGUGCACUGACUGGCAACUCGCUCGGGCAAGGAAUUGUUUCCUAUGUAGGGGAACCUCCCACAGUCUAGUCUUUCUUUUAUGACCAGGAAUGAAAUCAGGGAAAUUGAUGAAAUGACCCAUUUGA